GAGGUAUCUGAUGUCACUGGACAUUCAAAUAGUGAAGUCCCUGGGCUUUCUGUCUCGACUCAACUCAAUCCAGCCACAGGAUUAUCAUAUACCCAGAGCCACAUUUACCAGGCUCUCAGCAUCACACCCAUCAGCAACCAUGAGCCGAAGCUACUCAAGUACCCAGAGGGUUUCCUCUUACCGUCGUGCUUUUGGUGGAGGAUCUCCAUCUUUUACCAGGUCCUCUUUUGGGGCUAAAUCAGGUGCCUCCAGCUCAUUGUCCUCCAGAGUCUACCAAGUUUCCCAAUCUGCGGCAUCCCCAUCUUACUCCAGUUUCAAGGCAUCAAGGUUGACCCCAGCUAGAAGCAACUAUUCUGCAGACGUUCUGGACUUCAGCCUCGCCGAUGCCAUGAACCAAGAGUUUCUGCAGACCAGAACCAAUGAAAAAGUUGAGUUGCAGGAACUGAAUGACAGAUUUGCCAACUAUAUUGAGAAAGUGCGGUACCUGGAGCAGCAGAACCAGAUCCUGGUGAACGAAGUGAACCGGAUUAAGGGCAAGGAGCCAACAAGGGUCAGUGAGCUGUAUGAGGAAGAAAUGAGAGAGCUGCGUCGCCAAGUAGACAUCCUGACAAAUCAGAGGGCGCGAGUCGAAGUGGAAAGGGACAAUUACAUCGAUGACCUUCAGAAACUCAAACAAAGGUGAGUGGACCCUGGGAAGAGGAUGUUUAGAUACUUUAAGAAUGAUAGAGGAUGCUAAGAGAUGCUAGAGGAGGUGAAAGAUAUGAAGUAGGCAAUGUGGGAAUAGAUCACUGGGGAGCACAGGGGAAAGAUAAAAUUUACCAAAACUAACAAAUUGUGAAGGCAAAUACAUUAAGGGGACACCAUGAAAAAGGUGGAACAAUAAACGGAGAGGUAGCAUUUACCUUUAUAUUUUCCAUCAGCUGUCUAUAUGCUGUACAUCUGAAAAAGCCUUCAGAGUUCAAAAAUAAAGAGUUUGAACUCACUUUACAUCUGUCUCAUUCUCUCACAAUCACAGUCAGCUCUUUCUUUCCUUCCCUCCCUCAUAUUCUCACCGUCUGUUGCCUAAAAUUCUUCUCUCUCCCCCAAGUUUCUCAUAUCUCAGGACUGCCCAUAUAAGGGACUCUCUCUUUCACAAAGGAUGCACCAGUGACAGAGACUUUGUGUCAUUCCCCUAUUAAGUUGCUAGUGUAUAUGAUUUAAUGUAACUCUGUAUUUUAAACAAUCUUCCUCUUAAGGGUGUUGUGACCCUCAAACAUUGUAUAAACCUUGCAUAAACAGUUCAGAGUAUAUUCUAAUCAAAACUAAAUUCAACGUAAUAAAUACAAUGUUACACAAGGUUCAAACAAUGUGCGGUCCAGGCCCUAUCUAUACUUUGUGACAGGCAGAAUGCAUGUGCUCCAGUAUAGUACUGCUAUAUACAGUGUGAUAGAGGCCUCACACACUCUGUGGUGUAGCACUCCUAUAUACAGUGUGAAACAGGCCUCUUGCACUCUGUGGUAUAGUAAUUCUGCAUACAGUAUGAUAAAGGUAUCACACAGUCUGCCGCAUAGUACACCUAUAUACAGUGUGAUACAGGCCUCACACACACUGCGGUAUAGAACUGCUAUAUACAGUGUGAUAGAGGCCUCACACACUCUGUGGUAUAGCACUCCUAUAUACAGUGUAAUACAGGCCUCACACACUCUGUGGUAUAGUACUCCUAUAUACAGUGUGAUACAGGCCUCACACACUCUGCGGUACAGUACUCCUAUAUACAGUGUGAUACAGGCCUCACACACUCUGUGGUAUAGUACUCCUAUAUACAGUGCAAUACAGGCCUCACACACUCUGCAGUACAGUACUGCUUCAUACAGUGUGAUACGGGUCUUACACACUCUGUGGUAUAGUACUUCUAUAUACAUUGUGGUACAGGGCUCACACACUCUGCGGUACAGUACUGCUACAUACAGUGUAAUACAGGCCUCACACUCUCUGUGGUAUAGUACUCCUAUAUACCGUGUGAUACAGGCCUCACACCCUCUGCGGUUUAAUACUCCUAUAUACAGUGUGAUACAGGCCUCACACACUCUGUGGUAUAGUUCUCCUAUGUACAGCGUGAUACAGGCCUCACACUGUGGUAUAGUACUUCUAUAUACAUUGUGAAACUGGCCUCCAACUCUGUGGCAUAGUACUCCUAUAUACAGUGCAAUACAGGCCUCACACACUCUGCAGUACAGUACUGCUUCAUACAGUGUGAUACAGGUCUUACACACUCUGUGGUAUACUACUUCUAUAUACAUUGUGGUAUAGGGCUCACACACUCUGCAGUACAGUACUGCUACAUACAGUGUAAUACAGGCCUCACACUCUCUGUGGUAUAGUACUCCUAUAUACAGUGUGAUACAGGCCUCACACACUCUGCGGUAUAGUACUCCUAUAUACAGUUUGAUACAGGCCUCACACACUCUGCGGUAUAGUACUCCUAUAUACAGUGUGAUACAAGCCUCACACACUCUGCGGUAUAGUACUCCUAUAUACAGUGUGAUAGAAGCCUCACACACUCUGCGGUAUGGUACUCCUAUUUACAGUGUGAUACAGGCCUCACACUUUCUGUGGGAUAGUAUUUCUAUAUACAUUGGGAUACAGGCCUCACACUCUCUGUGGUAUAGUACUCCUAUACACAGUGUGAUGCAGGCCUCACACACUCUUCGGUAUAGUACUGCUACAUACAGUGUGAUACAGAACUCCAUAUAGUUGUUGUGUCUGAGUGUAUGACAGAGCUCCAAAGCAAUAAUACUCCCAGUAAUAUGUCUGAGUGUAUAACAGAGCUCCACAGCAAUAAUUCUCCCAGUAAUGUGUCUGAGUGUAUAACAGAGCUCCACAGUAAUAAUACUCCCAGUAAUAUGUCUGAGGGUAUAACAGAGCUCCACAGCAAUAAUACUCCCAGUAAUGUGUCUGAGUGUAUAACAGAGCUCCACAGCAAUAAUACUCCCAGUAAUGUGUCUGAGUGUAUAACAGAGCUCCACAGUAAUAAUACUCCCAGUAAUGUGUCUGAGUGUAUAACAGAGCUCCACAGCAAUAAUACUCCCAGUAAUGUGUCUGAGUGUAUAACAGAGCUCCACAGCAAUAAUACUCCCAGUAAUGUGUCUGAGUGUAUAACAGAGCUCCACAGCAAUAAUACUCCCAGUAAUGUGUCUGAGUGUAUAACAGAGCUCCACAGCAAUAAUACUCCCAGUAAUGUGUCUGAGUGUAUAACAGAGCUCCACAGCAAUAAUACUCCCAGUAAUGUGUCUGAGUGUAUAACAGAGCUCCACAGCAAUAAUACUCCCAGUAAUGUGUCUGAGUGUAUAACAGAGCUCCACAGCAAUAAUACUCCCAGUAAUGUGUCUGAGUGUACAACAGAGCUUCCCAGCAAUAAUACUCCCAGUAAUGUGUCUGAGUGUACAACAGAGCUCCACAGCAAUAAUACUCCAAUUAAUGUGUCUCUAGACUGCAAUAAAUGUGUUUAGAAAGCAGUGUGUAAAUAAGAUACUGUGCACAUUGUUCUUCAAUCUAAAUUAUAUUGCAAUUGCAUAAAUAUUAUUAAGUCACCUACAAUUUCUCAGAACAGUCAUAUGUGGUACAGUAAUAUUAUAUAGAGUGUGAAACAGGCCUAACACACUCUGCUAGUAAAUUUUAAAUAUGAAAAGUAGAACUUUGAAACUUUAAAGGACCACUCUAGGCACCCAGACCACUUCAGCUUAAUGAAGUGGUCUGGGUGCCAGGUACCUCUAGGAUUAACCCUUUUUUUUAUAAACAUAGCAGUUCCAGAGAAACUGCUAUGUUUAUAAAUGGGUUAAUCCAGCCUCCAAAACCUCUAGUGGCUGUCUCAUUGACAGCCGCUAGAGGCGUUUGCGUGAUUCUCACUGUGAAAAUCACAGUGAGAAGACGCCAGCGUCCAUAGGAAAGCAUUAUAAAUGCUUUCCUAUGAGACCGGCUGAAUGCGCGCGCAGCUCCUGCCGCACAUGCACAUUCAGCCGAAGAGGAGGAUCGGAGGUGGAGAGGAGGAGGACAGCUCCCCGUCUGGCGCUGAAGAAAAGGUAAGUUUUACCCCUUUCCUCGCCAUCCAGCCCGGCGGGAGUGGGGGGGCACGAAUAUGUUUUCCUGGCACUACAGUGGUCCUUUAAGUCACAUUUUAUGACACAUUUGAACAAUUCUCCAAAUCAGCCUUAAUUUCUAUUCAGAUAGUUUGGUCUAAGAUUUGGAAUUCAUUUUGAAUUAUUAUUAUUGAAUUUGUGAUUCUGAGGUACAGACUGUAUUACUAUUGCACAGGCCUCUCAAAUCUGAUACAUACACUCUCAUACAAUGCAUAACAAUCCGUCUGCUGAAACGUCAAAUACAAAAGUUUGUAUUUCUCUUCUCAUUUACACAGAGUUGUCAAGUCAAAAGGCACAUAGUGCUGCCAUGUAACACCCGAUUUUCAUUGAUUCCUCUCCAAUAUCAGACCAGUCAAGGUUAGCAGGUCUGUUUAUAUCAGGGCAUUGAGUUUGUCACAUUUACCACUUAAAGUGGUUCUCCAAGCAUCAUGACCACUUUAGUUGAUUUAAGUGGUGAUGGUGCCUGGAGUCUGUAUGUGAAGCAUUUCACUAUGAAAAACAUAUAUGUAGAUUUACCCCUCUGCUGCUGGAGGUGUAGCUCCACCUACGGCAGCGUCACUGGGUUAUCAUCGGUCAGUUUGGAACUAGAGUUCCGGGCUGGCUAAUGCCAUAUCUGUGUAUUUUCCUGUGCAUAGAAUGUCAAUCAUUGACAGAAAGUGGUCAUCCGGCCAGUGUACUCCUCACUUCAUACUUGCUACAGCGCACUUGGAUGAACCCUUUAACAUCAGCUGUGCACAGGCUUCCGAAACACUUCCUGUAAAGAGUCAUCUAAUGUUUACACUUCCUUUAUUGUAAAUACUGUUUAAUUUAUAAUUUCUUAUCUCCUGAUCUGUUAAGGGCCUUUGUGUUAAGAGCCUCCUGUGUGUGUUUAGAGCUCAAUGUACAGAGCAGGAGAUAAAAACAUUUAAAGUAAGUUAACAUCUGUUUGAAAAUGAAACCAUUUUAGCUUAGGGAAACCGAUCGUCCAAAACUUACAACUGACUCCAACUAACCAGUCUGUAGCUAGAAGAAGUUGGGAACAGUAUUCUCACAGGGAACAUGACACAUUUCUUGGCGUGAUCUCAUAAUUGUUCCUGCAGUAAGGAGCGGAUACAGAGAUAUUUAUUUCUAUUCCUAUUACCAUAAUAGGAGAGCACAGGCUCAGUCUGUCCCUCUUCCUAAUAUUAUAUCCUCCUUGUGUUUUGCGCUGUUUUGACUUUGCAUUUUUUUAAAUUUAAAGCCAACCCUCCACUCAGUCCUUUAAAUUUGAAAGUUUAAAUUUACAAUUGCUAGCAUCCGAUCUAAUUCUUUAAGAGUGAGCUAUUAAGGAGUUACUUAAGAUUUAUGCAUUAAAGAAGAAAUUCUGGCAAAUUGGAUCAACCGCAAAAACAGAUGUGAGGAAGGCUAAACUUGAUGCACACGUUUCUUCCCAGCUAUGUAACUAUGCAAUUGCAAAUCUGAGUCAAAAAUAUCUUAGAAGGAAAAGUUGAAUAUUUUUUAGUGUAGCUAUGAUUCACCACUAUUCCCCAAAAGAAUUGGAGACUUUUAGCCCCACUGAAAAAGUAAAUAAAUAAAUAAAAAUAGCGCAUUCUUCUUUCCUCUAAGUAAUUUCAAUUAUUGUAAAAGUUCACAUGCUGAGCGUGGAGAUAUUUUUGUUUAAUUAAGAGAACUCAGUGACAUCCAUCACUCCAGUACUACGUGGCUUGUUUAAUGUAUUUUUAACACAUCCAACGCUCACAUUAUGUUACAGCAAGUCGCAAUGCAGCACUGGCAUCAAAAAGUUUAAAAUAACGAGCACGUGAAGAGUAACGGUAGUUGCUGUGAUACACGAGUUUAAUAGUACUUUGGCACAACAUGGUUUAUUACUGAGUGCCAAUGAUCUGAUAUGUAAUACUUAUCCGUUUAGUGCUCGAAAGGUCAAAGGUUUUUGUUUUUUUGCCCCUGACAUGACUUCAUGUUAUGGACUCUGACUUGGUUUCAGGAUUUGUGUAAACUCAUAAAAAUAGGUUUCAGAGGAAAUGGAGUUUAUAUUACUGGUGCCAAAAUAAACAUAACAUUUUAAGUUUGAGCCUGUUAACGACAAGGGGAAAAAAGUCCUUGGGAGCAUGCAGAUGCCAAUUAUAUGAAGGUUUUUGGCAGCUGAAACCUGCAAAAUAAUGCAUGUUUGAUACUGAAAUAUUUUCAGUGUGUCUCAAAUGUCAGCUGAGCACAGAGUCGUGGCAUUGCUGUUGGCACCCAAUAAAGUACAGAAGUUUAAUGCCAACUUUAUUUCUAGAAAAAGAUUUACUAAACUAUUAAGAUUGACAACCAAAUUCAGCUCUGUGCAUCUCUUUUAAACAAUAUCCUUAUCAAUUAACGAUACUAAUAAAUUGGAAACAUAACGUCAGGAAUCGCACGUCUGGAGAAUACUUCAGUUCUUUCAUCUGGCCUCUUUGGUGUGUAGGCUUUCUAGAAAACCAGGAAAUGUAAUUAUUUCUACUUUUGAAAUUGCUGAGAAAAAGUAUCAUUUAAAUAAUUGUCCUUUUUUCUUCUUUAAUCAGCUUCACUCAAGGAACGCUAUCUAUGUAGCUCUACAUCAUAAUGACACUUAGCAGAGUUUACUUUUAGCAUGCACCUUAAUUGGGAUUCUGUUUUUUAGAUUGCAGGAGGAGAUUCAGCUGAAAGAAGAGGCCGAGAAUAAUCUGUCCGCAUUCCGAGCGGUAAGAAUUGUUGUGUCUCUGUAAGAAAUAAUCAUUCCCUGUGAUCAUUGAAUGCGUUACCUUUUCAUUCUUCUCCCUUACCUCUCUAAUCUUCAAUACAUCUUUGUUCUUCCUCUGUACCGCAUGAAACAAACUCAUUGCUUUUUUUCUUCUUUUUUUUUUCUUCCUACAAAUUAAAUACAAUAUGUUUUGGCUUUCUUCAUCAGGAUGUUGAUGCUGCAACCCUGGCCCGUAUAGACUUAGAAAGACGCAUUGAAUCCCUGCAGGAGGAAAUUGCUUUCCUGAAGAAGAUUCACGAGGAGGUAAGACAACCCAAAAGCCACACUGGGGGGAUGAGAUUCUCAAAAUUCUCAAAUAAGUUAUAUCAGAAAUGAGCUAAUAAGAAAUGAGUGACUCAUACUCUUGCACUUGUCUUAUUCAUAAGUUUAGGCUGGGUUUAUCCAACCUUCUCAAAUCUUUUAUUUGUGGUAGAUUUACAUUUCAGAAUUCUGGAAAGUGUAGUCCAACAUCCGUUGAAUGGUCAAGGCUACAUAUCCCUGAAACCACACUGUGGGGAUUGAGCAAAAUACAGAAACAAGUUAAUGAGUGACUCAUACUCUUGGAUUUGUCUUAUUCAUGAGUUUAAGCCGGGGUUAUUCAACCUUCUCAACUCUUUUCAACUCUUUUAGUUACGGUAGAAUUACAUUUCAGAAUUCUGGAAAAUGUAGGCCAACAUCCAUUGAAUGGUCAAGGUUACAUGUCCCUGAAGCCACACUUUGGGGGUGGAGCAAAAUACUGAAAUAAAUGAAUGAGUGACUUAUACUCUUGCUUUUAUUUUAUUCACGAGUUUAGGCUGGUGUUAUCCGACCUUCUCAACUGUUUUAGUUAUGGUGGAAUUCAAUUUCAAAAUUCUGGAGAGUGUAGGCCAACAUCGGUUGAAUGGUCAAGGCUACAUCUCUCCGACAGACUGAAUAUUUGUAGCAAUGGGGUGAUGUAACUAUUUUGUUAUUGCAGGAAAUUCGAGAUUUGCAAGCCCAAUUACAGGAACAACAUGUACAAGUAGAACUUGAUAUUUCCAAACCAGACUUGACAGCAGCUCUGAGAGAUAUCCGUUCUCAAUACGAGAAUAUUGCUGCUAAGAACAUUUCAGAGGCUGAGGACUGGUACAAGUCCAAGGUAAGACAAAGCUCUAUCAUGGAACAUUAUAUUGACUUGGACGUCAUUAUGGGGUUCAUAUUUAUUUAUCUUAUUGUUUGGAUACAUCCUAAGUGUAAAUAUAUUAAGCUUGUCUAUAUUAUGGAAUGUUUGUGAUUGUCUUCACAAGGGCCGCUGAACUUGGCCCAUUUCAUUGAGAUGAAGUGGUCUGAGUGACUUUAAUGUGACUUUAAGCUACAUAAUUUCAUAUUGAAGCUAAAGCCAUCUUGAUAACUGUCUCCUUUUAUUUUUAGCUCUUUCUCAGAUCUUCAUGUACCCUCAAAUUUAGUUAAUAUUAGCCUGUCAGCUUGAACCAACAGAUGUGGCCAACCUUCGACUCAUCUUCCUUGAUCUUGAAAACACAGUUUCCACUUUUCCUUUUAUUUGGCUUCAACAGUGCAUUUGUAUUACUUUACUUACAGGUUUCUGACCUCAACCAGGCUGCUCAAAAGAACAAUGAUUCUCUACGCCAGGCCAAGCAGGAAAUGAUGGAGUACCGCCACCAAAUUCAGUCUUACACCUGUGAAAUUGAUGCACUCAAGGGAACUGUAAGUAUCUAUUAAAAUAUCAGAAAAAGAGAUUUGCAGUGCCUAUUUGCCUGUAGUGACUAAGCCUCAAGCCACAGGCACUGUGCAAACUUUGCUUUUUAUAGUUCAAAUAUGGGUCAAUAAUUUAAACCCAGGGAUGUCUCUCUGUGUAUCUAUACAUUUAUGAAAAUCGGUUAAUUGAGAUCCAUCUGUGCUCAUGGUGUGAUACUUAGCACCCAUCUAAUCAAGGAAAUGCACAUAAGUCCAAUUGUUGGACCAGAGAGGCGCUGGCACCUGAUAUAUCAAUAUCCAUAGCUUGAUGUGCUAAUGGUUCUCAGGUGGGCGGCAAUGAAGACCAAUGGUAAAGCAAACUACUGAAGGUCCUGUAUAAAAUAUACUCAUGAAGUGCCUUACCUAGUAGUCUGUUCCACAAGCUAUAUCUGGUAUUGGACUGAUUGAUUCUAUCAGCAAUUGGAAUUUAUCUAAUUACUGUUUGUUAUUAUCACAUUUAUUGUAUUGGGCUCCUUUUCUAAUAUAUACCAUGAGAAUCAUAAAAGGUCAAAAAAUUUAAUCAACUCAUUAAGUUUUGUAGUUCACAGAUUUUUUAUUAACAGUUGCACACUCAUGCGGAGCUUAGCGCCAGAGCCGACCAUACGCAUCUUCCCAUGGCUCUGGGCAGUAAUACACUAAUCUGAAAUAAUCUAGGGUACCCCGCAGCCAUCGGACCCCCAACCGACACCAGACCAGACAUACUAGACCAGACAGCCCCAUGCCUUUCUUAUACCCAAAAAUGGGUAAGAAGGCUCGCCGCACAUCCAGGGCCUACCUGGGGUACUCAGCCACACGAGCUGCCUCAGAAAUAUACAGCACCUCAUGGUGCCCCCACGACAUUCCUAGAGAUAAUGGCAGACCAAGAUCCACUAGCCCCUGCUACUAAAGAGGAUAUCGCCAACCUCUUAAGGAAGCUAAGACAGAUGUUGGCGGCCAACCUGGACGUAGCCUGUACCGAGGUGCUGUCGGUGAGUGCAUGCACGCAGGCUACAGAGGCUGAGGUCCAAGAUCUCAAGCGAGAGGUGCAAGAGGUGAAAGACCAGAUGCAAAGCCUACUACACUCACACACCUCCUUGACACAGAGAGUAGAUCUCCCUAAAGACCGUAAGAGAUGUGCCAAUCUUAAAAUCCGAGUUAUCCCAGACACAAUAGAUCAUACUGAACUGCCACACUAUUUAAGACGGCUGACAGACUCACUCCUACCUCAUUCACAGGCCAAAAACAAUUCAGUUAGAGGGCUGCUACAGGAUAAAUAAGUCCCAACAGGCUCCAUUCGAUGCCACCCGCGACGUAAUUGUAUGCUACUAUUCCGUGACAGACAGGAACCACAUUCUAGCAGCAGUGAGGGGCAAAACGCCAUUGGACUUUGAAAAUGCCAAAUUAACAUUUUUUUCAAGAGCUCACCAGGAAUAAUCUACAAUGGCAGAGGUCUCUGGGCCCAGUCACGAGCCAAUUGCGGGAAGUCGGAGUGUAGUAUUGAUGAACUCUACCGAGAGCCCUUAUGGCUACAACAAUGGAUGGCAGAGAGUUGAGACUCACCUCCAUAAUGAAUUCUGCAGCGUUUCUUCAAACACUGGGACUGAGCCCACACCCGGAUGAGCCCAACAUCACUUUCAACAACCAGACCGGGAGUCCAAACCGAGUAAGACCCUUCACACCUAGAGGGGAAGAGAACUUGGGAGCAGCGACAGAGACCUGACCACCCGCUAUGCCCAAUGCUGCAUUUUGUUAACUGUAUUUCUGUUCCGAAUUAUCCCUGUUACUUUAAUCGUUUUUUCUUGCCUCAACCUACAGCAAAGCAACUCUAGCCAUGAUUUGGCCCAGUAUGCUCUCACAGUCAAAGCCCCAAGAUGGCCCAUGAUAGCAGCAGUAGAACCCAGAGCCAUGGGAAGGCUGCUAACUCUCCCCUCCCCCGAGUCCCACUAGGUUAGAAGAUAUUCUUCUACAUAUCACAACGAUAGAUACCUAGCUUACUAACGAUGCUGUCACCAAUAACUUCACCCCACUCACACAAACAACAAUGCGACACAACAUAUACUCAGGAUGGACUACUAGCAGACUAACCCGCUAUUGCAUACAGAACAGGCCACCAUCCACCUAUGAGGUACCUACACCAAUGAAGACCAACAGACACCACUCAUAACGAACAAACCCAACUGACACACGCACUGCAAAAAAGAAAGAAAAAAGGCCUGCUAGUGUUGAAUGUUUCUAACUGUCGAUGUCAUACAGACAUGCUUUAUCUCAACGUAUUAUGUGAAAUCGAAAAGCUUGUAAACUUUCCUCAAUAAAACAAUGAUUGACAAAAAACAAAAAAAAACAGUUGCACACUCACAGGGUUAAUAACAAUUAAUAACAAUUGCGAUUCUCACUUUUUAAUCUUCAUUUGUAGAAUGACUCACUGCUCCGUCAGAUGAGGGACCUGGAGGAGCGAUUCGGUGGGGAGGCUUCUGGGUACCAAGAAACUAUCUCCAGACUGGAGGAAGAAAUCCGUAACCUGAAGGAUGAUAUGGCAAGACACCUUCGGGAGUAUCAAGAUCUCCUAAAUGUCAAGAUGGCUCUGGAUGUUGAGAUUGCCACAUACAGGAAACUGCUGGAAGGCGAGGAGAGCAGGUGGGUUAAAGAAGCAAUGAUUUCACACUUGUCCUGUAGAUACUGGCAGCACAGUUUGCCCUAAUAACUGCAUUCAUUUUACAUUUCCUAAUAUUAUAGGUACAGUAUUACCAAAUAUGGAAAGGGAUAUCAUAUGCUCUUAAAAUAACUUAAAGGGACACUAUAGUCACCUGAACAACUUUAGCUUGAUGAAGCAGUUUUGGUGUAUAGAACAUGCACCUGCAGCCUCACUGCUCAAUCCUCUGCCAUUUAGGAGUUAAAUCCCUUUGUUUAUGAAACCUAGUCACACCUCCCUGCAUGUGACUUGCACAGCCGUCCAUAAACACUUCCUGUAAAGAGAACCCUAGUUAGGCUUUCUUUAUUGCACGUUCUGUUUAAUUAAGAUUUUCUUAUCCCCUGCUAUGUUAAUAGUUACAUAGUUACAUAGUUACAUAGCUGAAAAGAGACUUGCGUCCAUCAAGUUCAGCCUUCCUCACAUUUGUUUUUUGCUGUUGAUCCAAAAGAAGGCAAAAAAACCCAGUUUGAAGCACAAUUUUGCAACAAGCUAGGAAAAAAAUUCCUUCUUGACCCCAGAAUGGCAGUCAGAUUUAUCCUUGGAUCAAGCAGUUAUUACCCUACAUUGAAAGAUUAUAUCCUUGAAUAUUCUGUUCUUGCAAGUAUGCAUCUAGUAGCCGUUUGAACAUCUGUAUGGACUCUGAUAAAACCACUUCUUCAGGCAGAGAAUUCCACAUCCUGAUUGUUCUUACAGUAAAAAAACCUUUCCUUUGCCUUAGACGAAAUCUUCUUUCUUCCAGUCUAAACUCAUGGCCUCGUGUCCUAUGUAAAGUCCGGUUUGUGAAUAGAUUUCCACACAAUGGUUUGUAUUGGCCCCGAAUAUAUUUGUAUAAUGUUAUCAUAUCCCCUCUCAGGCGACGUUUUUCUAAACUAAAUAGGUUUAAAUUUGUUAACCUUUCUUCAUAGCCGAUAUGUUCCAUUCCUUUUAGCUUGCUAGACCCUGCAAGAGCCUCCUGUAUGUGAUUAAAGUUAAAUUUAGAGAUUGAGAUACAAUUAUUUAAGGUAAAUAACAUCUGUUUGAAAGUGAAACCAUUUUUUUUUUCAUGCAGGCUCUGUCAAUCAUAGCCAGGGGAGGUGUGGCUAGGGCUGCAUAAACAGAAACAAAGUGAUUUAACUCCUAAAUGACAGUGAAUUGAGCAGUGAAAUUGCAGGGGAAUGAUCUAUACACUAAAACUGCUUUAUUUAGCUAAAGUGAUUUAGGUGACUAAAAGUAAAACAGUUACAUUGUAGUAUUUUCAUUUUAAGUAAAAGAGUGGCUUUCCUCCACCAGAGACGCUGCUGAAAAAGACAUACAUAGAGCUUUAGGACUAAUUCACUAAAAGAUGGAGUGUUCGAAAUUCACCAAAGAAUUUCAAAUAUUAUACUGUAAUAGGCGAAAUGAAAACAUUCUACAAAUUCGCUAUGUUUCAAGCUCAACUGUUUCAAACUAAACUCUGCGCACCCUAUUAUACUGUGUGCAGGUUAGUAAAUACCCUGUUUCCUACCCUUGCCAAUCAGUGAUCUAUACUUUUUUAAAGGCAGACCAGGAGGAUAAUGAGCACAUUGACAGCAGGGCUUCUUGCAGAGCUCCCAAAAAAAUUUGGAGGUGUAAUCAUCUACAGGGGUUGUGAAACAAUACAAAAUAAUUUAUAAAAAAGAUCUAUUUUAGAAAAAUCUACACAUUUAGUAUUUCCCUUAUUUUUCCAAUUACUAUGUACAUCAAUAUUUAUUUCUAAUAUAUUUUUCUCCAUCUCUGUGCAGGAUCACUCUACCUAUCCAGACAUAUUCUGCACUGAGCUUCAGAGGUAAGUUCUGACACCUGAUGUAUGGAUCUUUUUUUUUGAAUAAAGAAAAUACUGUGAUUUGGGGAGAUAUUGAUUAAAUAGAGCAUGCCAUUACUUGCUAGAGAUCUGCUUGCUAGAGUCCAGCUUGGGUCCGGAAUUCCAAGGACAAUAUCUAACAUUGACAUAAGAACAUGCAGACCACGUUCUUAUUGACAUGUUCCGUAGAUAAUUAUGGGACUGCUGGUCACUGAUGGAGAUGUUGAUUAUUUAUGAAAAACCUGCAAAGUCGUGACACUGAUCACGUGUAUGAUCACACAUAGAAUUGGAUACUGUUGAUAUAAAUUGAUAUAAAUGAAGCUUAUUUAGAAUUGUUUCCAUUUGAAACCAAUGUUGGUUGUUCUGACAGAAACCAGCCCAGAGCAGAGGGCUUCUGAAGUCCACACUAAGAAGACGGUCAUGAUAAAAACUAUUGAGACACGAGAUGGAGAGGUAAGAUUAAUUUUACUUAUUUGUACCCCCACCUUCUUUCAUGUCUGAAUAGGACUAAAUAACUGUUGCUAUUUCAAGUCAUAUAUGAUAAUAUAAUAAUAUAAUAUUGUACCAAAGAGGGUUUGAUAACAUUUGCAAUUGGCCAGUAGGAAAUCACUGUAAAAGACGCCAGGGCUAUUGCAUUUCAGAUGAAAUCUAUUUUUAUAUGUCUACGUGGUAUUUACAGACUCUUGCUUUAAAACAUAAAUGAUCCUGAAGGAUUAACCGUAACAAAAAAUAAAUCUACAAACUAGCACAUCACAAGCCAUUUAAUGAUAAAACAGAUCUACAGUGGCCAUCAGAUAGCAAAACGAUUAAAAGAGCAUUAUUAUAAAUAUCAUAAUAUUUGAAAUAUUGUAAGUUAAUUGCAGAAAAUUGGGGCUUAAACCAUGAAUAGUGGAAAUCUGACAAACAAAUGAACUUCCUGAUUUAGAUCAAAAUAGCCCAAAAAAUUAUUUUAUUUAUGGCUAUAUUUUAUACUAAAACCUGCAAUUUGCUUCCAAUACUCUAUUUCCCGGGUUAGUGAAUUCAUGAAAUGCUUCACUCUGCUUUUAAACGAAAACUGUCACUUCCCAGGAUUUUUAAUAUUAUAUAUUUAACAAAUAUGAAUUUGUAAGGUGAGAAAAAUAGAACUGAAGUGUCACCAAAAAGAAACUUGAUCUAAUCUGCUUCUGAAUAUGAAUCUAUUUUUUUAAAACUUUUUUUCCUAAGUGCUCUAGUUUUAAAAAAAUACAUAAAUAAAAGUAGGGACUUUUUUCUUCAAGUAUAGCGGUCAAUUUUACAAAACUGGCGAUGGGUUGAGCUUAAAGCAAAGUUCUGUUUCAGUUACCAAUCAAAAUUACCCAAAAUGUAUCAGUAAAAUGAAUCCCACAAAGGGGCAAACAGCAGACAUCAUGGACAGAGGAAAACAAAAUGACUGCGCCCAAAAAUUGAGAUCCGGCACAACAUAAAAUUGGAAAAAAAAAUGGAUUAUCUUAUAAAAUAAAUUUUAGGUGCAAGUUAUAGGCAAUUUUCAACACUUUAUUCAAUAGUGUAAAUUGCAGAGAAGUGACAUUUUCCCUUUAAAAUAAAUAGAAAAACAGGGUACGGAGUGCACUGAUCCCUUUAACACUCUAGUUACGCAUGGGGUGGAGUCUUAGAAAUGAAACGUAUACGGUUUGCUACUUUUCAUGUGGUUAUUGUUAACUUUAUACAAUUCAAACUCUGCAUUUUCAGCUGAGCGACUGAUUAUUUUUACCACUGAGACCUUCGGUAAAGUGAGUCACCACUAGCUUACUUCACAUCAAUUCAUUCAGCUUAUAAUAGUGAAUUCUGAACCCUGCACUCCUCCACUCUGAGCUUGUCACACACUCACCCACAUAAAGUCCACAUUCAAACACACAGACAUUUCCUGAUGGGAGAGCAUUAGCGGACUUGCAGCUGUUACUGAAAUGUUUCUAAAAGUAAAAGCAGGACAGCUGCUUCUUUGAACUAAUGAAGGAAGGACAUUAAUACAUACAUAUAAAUACUCCGAGCUGCCUAUACACUUAUUUAUAGACACAACACAUCUUUAGCUGCCCUUGCCAGCGAUAGUGGUUAAGGAAACACAUAGUCACAAUGUGAUCUAUGGAAAAUGAGACACUAAGGCAGUGGUUUCAAACCCAAAGACAAAGCAACUGUCCACCGUUCACUUGAAACAGCAUCAGAAGUUAUUCCAAUCUGUUAGAAAAAAACAUUUUCAUUUUCAAAUGAUAUAUCUACAGAAAUCAUCAUUAAAAGGGACAUUAUAUAAAAUUACAUUAGCUUAAUGAAGCAGUUGUGGUAUAUAGAUCAUGUCUCUGCAGUCUCACUGCUCAAUUCUCUGUCAUUUAGGAGUUAAAUCACUUUGUUUAUACAGCCCUAGUCAGACCUCCCUGCAUGUGACUUGCAUAGCCUUCCUAAACACUUCCUGUAAAGAAAGAUCUAAUGUUAAAACUUACUUUAUUGCAUAGUCUGUUUAAUGUAGAAUUUCAUAUCUCUUACACUGUUAAUACCUCCUAGAGACCUAGACCUUGCAGGAGCUCCCAUGUAUGUGAUUAAAGGUCAAUUUACAGAGCAGUAGCUGAAAACAUCUAUAGCAAGUUAACAUCUGAUUGAACAUUAAACCAUUUUGUUCAUGCAGAGUGUGUCAGUCAGAGCUGGGGAGGUCUUACUAAGGCUGCAUAAACAGAAACAAAAGUGAUUUAACUCUUAAAUGGCAGAGAAUUGAGCAGUGAGACUGCGGGGGCAUGAUCUAUACACCAAAACUGCUUCAUUAAGCUAAAGUUGUUUUGUUGACUAUAGUGUUCCUUUAAAAGCGAGAGUUUUUUUGCAGAUAAAUUAUUUGAAAAGUAUUUUCUAACAGAUUGGAAUCAUUGUAGGCUCAACAGACAGACAGAUUCCAGGCUCAGUAACUGAUGCCAUUCCCAACUCAAUUGUAGUUUAAAUAAAUAAAGUUCAGUAAAGUCCAGUUAGUCAUUGUAGAGUGAGCUAGACACUGUAGGUUUUAUUGUACUGACACACACACUCCACAUUUAUCACAUAUUAUCACGCUGCAUGCCACUUUAAAGAUACACUGAUGUUAUUGACACGUAGUAAACUCACUUGCUAAACUCACUUGUUCACCAAAUUAAAACCCAGAACUGGCAGGGUUUCUUCUAGGGCAAACAUUUCUUAACAUUUUAUUAAUCCAGCUAAAGUCGUCAAUAGACAAGGGCAUUUUUUUGGGGAAUAGGGUAGAAAAAGUUGAGGCACCUAACUCCCAAAUUGCUUCUUGUUGACCAAAUCUACUAUUGGCCGCAGUGGAUUUUAAAAUGUGAUAAUUCGCAACGGAAACCCAAGAAUUAUCACUUGGUAUAUUCACUUAUCUUUCCCGUCAUGUUUGACUCUGACAUUCAAGUAACCAUUAACAUGUAUCAGUGUGCUAAGGUUAACACAUCUCUCUGUGCCCUCAGGUCGUCAGCGAGGCCUCUCAACAGCAUCAGGAGGUGCUGUGAGAUAGGACAGAGAACACAUAACGACGGACGCACGACAAGAAACUUCCAUGACCACAAUACACAGCCUGAGCGCAACCCUGCUGGACAAAUGCCAUCUCAUGCUGUACUUUCACCGCACUUCUCCUGCACCCCUCACUACCCCCGAGCUUCUCCUUAACCUAAGGACUCUCAAAACAAAAUCGAAUAUAGGAGCUGCUCGAAACAGAGAAACCUCAUGUUAUGAAGCAUCUUCUUUAAGGUGUCUCUUCGACACAGUUCAAACAGAAAUAAAAUCACAGACACCAUCAUAAAGAAUUGCAUUUCACAUUCAUUCAUUAGGCUAGAUAAAGUGACUUCAGAUUAGUAAAUAGCUCCUGCAGUGCUAUGUAGAUCAUUCUUACUGACAAACUGCAUCACGUCAUGUUAGUCUGUGUAUGAAUUUACUCUGUCACCUCGUUUUAAUCUGUCAUUAGAUAUUAAACACAUCAGAACUGGCUAGAAUUGUAAGCAUUUCUCCUCUUCAAAAAAGAGAAGAAUUGCUUAUAUUUAUUAAUAACAGAUUGACGACACUUUCAAAGUCCAUCUAUCUCCAGCGACUAUAGAGAGUAUCUUUCUGGACAACUUAUGUAUCUCUGAAACGACACACGCAGCUUUCAAAGUCAACGCACGUAGCAAUGAACGUAACCCAAAUAUUUAAAAUCCAAACACCGUAGCAGACAUUUGAUGUAGGAUUUGGGAUUUAGGUUUUCUACUUAUAACAUCAAAUAAUUAUAUCUUUCUGUAGUUGGAUUUUAAACCUGAUAAGCCCCGCUAUAGUGAAACACUGAAUGUAUGGAAACCUAGAGUACAGCUUGGAACAAAGUUAGAUCUGAAAGUUGUCCUGUGGACUAAAAGAGGGUGUGCAAUAAUUCGCAAAGCCCUUUCAAAUGGAACAGGCAAAGAUAAUACGGAUUAAGGAACAAAUAAAAACAAAUUGCGCAAAUCAGUGUGAUAGCGACAGGUUUAUAUGUUUUUCAAAUCAACAGACAUAUUGUAGUCGAGAAGGAAAAAAUAUACGAUGUUUUGGAAUGUUGCUUCAAGUAAGCAUUUAGUCGAUGUCAGAUUUUAGAGAGAAAACGGCUUUGUGGAAAGGUCAACAUUCACUUUAAUAAUUUCACACUGAUUUAGAGAGAUUUCACAAACGUUCCUUUUAAUUUCCUAGUUAUAUUUAGAACACCGACAAUAGUUGUUAUAGUGUUAAAGCAUGUGAUUACUAGGUCAAGGCAGAUAUUAUAUGUAAAACGUAAAUUAAGGUUGACAUUCUAGUGACCAAUCAGAUGGGAUUGGCUUUAUAAAUGUGGGUUCCCAGAAUCCUUUGUUUGUAAAUGUUAUUAAUGCAGAGACUGGGGGGCAAAUCAGAGCUAAUUAAUAUGACGUGUUUCUCCUUAUAUCUGGGAGUUUGGCUCUGAAGAUAUCAGUGGACUACAUUUCCCAUAAUGCUUGGGUGAUCUGCCACUGCCUUACAGAAAUAACAUAUUAUACUUUUAUACAUAUUUUUUUCCCAAGUGAAACUGAGAUAUAAUGACAAAUAUAAACAUACACAAAAACACAAAAAAAAACAACCAGAUUUAUAUAAUUUUUUAUCUAUUUUUCCACAGUCAUUAUGUUGCAUUGUGGCCAUUGCAUUUUAAUAAUGCAAGUUCCAGCGCAUGUUAUUAUUAGACAUUAAUUUGAUUCAUUAAAUGUAGCAAUAAAGAGAAAGGAAUCUGAAAUGAAAUGUAAGUUCCAUAUUUAUUAACGGUGAGAAAAAGAAUGGGAUUUUGUGUUUUUUUUUAAAUUUUAUUUUAAAAACGUUCCUGCUUCAUGAAAACGGUGAACGAUGACAUGAAAAAGGAUGCAAACUCCAUAUGCAUAAAAAAUCCAUCUGGGAUUAGGAUAUCAGGAUAUUAGGAUAUUAGGAUAUGGGAUUAGGGAUUAGGAAAAUUCCAACUCGAGGAAACUGGCUCAAAAUAUCACGGACUCAGAUAUUAGAAAUUAAAAAUAGCAAAAAAACAAAACAAACAGCCACUGCAUGUUAGUACAUAUGAGAGUUUGGUAACCACGGUAUCUCCUGCACCUUAGACAGGGUGAUACAGCCAGGAUGGUGUGUGGCUAAUCGUGAUGACAGUUAAUGCAGCUAAGAGCAGGAGUGAAACAUAAACAACAAUAUGGUCCUCAGAAAGUCUAGUUCAUCAUUGUACAUCGCUAUAGAAUUUGUUGGUGCCAUAUUAAUCAUAAUAAUUAGGAAUAGCUUAUUGUAUAGUAUGAUAAGAUAAGGGAAAGUUUUGCCUUUCACCUACAGGACACAGACAUAAUAUCUGCUCGUAGGUGAUAUAUUCUCCUCACUACCCUCUGCAAGUACAUUCAUUAGAAAUAAAAGUGUAAAAAAAAAAGAUACUAAAAUUCUAUUACAAACUCUAAGGGUAGAUAAAUAAUGCAGUGGAAUUCCAGCUGUUGAUUGGAAAUCGUACAGAAGAAUCUCGUUAAACCAGGCUCAGCAGGCAUCUUUGCGGUUGGGUUACCUUCACUGCUCAUCAUGCUCUCAAAAUGUGAUUUCAAAGCCCAUAGAUAAUUGUUUUCAUGCAGGUGAACUUUGUUUUGCAGCAAAUCUAGACUAAUAAAAUAUCAGGCAUUUUAGAUGAACUGGUUCAAAUUUGACACAAAAUUAGCGAUUUCUAAAUCUGGCACUGAAAUGCUCAGGAAGAGUGAAGGAAUUAUUAAAUAAUGUAGGAAUAAAAAGCUUGUAGGCGGAAUGGGUUUUGGUGUGUUUAUAUACAGGGUUCUAACAAAAACGGAAUUGCAUUUUAAUAAAAAAAAAAAAAACAACCAGGAAGAAGACAGGAUGAAAAUCCUCCUCUUUGCUCAUACAUGUGCAGGGAGUAAGAGGGUUAAUAAAAACAAACAGGGAUCCCUUGCAUCAAUACAAAAAAUCUUGUGUGAUUGGCUGGGAGGUACCAGCCAAUCACAUCCCUCCAUUAAAGUGACACUAUAGGCACCCCGAGCACUAAUCUCAAUGAGGUGCCCUUAUCACAUUACUCCCGCACUGUAUUACAUUGCCAUUUUGGAGGUACAGCAAUGUUUACAUUGAGGGACUAAAGACUCCUUUAUUUGCUGUGACACAUCCAGUAAAUGAUGCUACUGCAGUGAGAGCCGAGUCAGACCCAGUUCUUGGUAUUUAACACCCUCAGGCAUUGCAUGAGUACGUUGAAUGUCCUCUGAUACUUCUCAUAGGGAACCAUUGGAUUCAAUGCGUAUCUAUGACAAGCAAUUGCCACACAUGUACAAUAUGUCUUUAAGAAGCAUUGGAUUGGCUGAGCCUGUUGAUGGCAGCGAAGGUGGACCGAACUGCAGAGAGGCUAUCUCGUUCCAGGUAACAGGUUAUUUACUAACACUUUUACACUAAAACGAGGGCCCUGAAAUCUAAACGCAAUUGGGGCAAUAAAAAUAUAAAGUUAUAUUAUAACACUAUACCUAGCACUAUAGAGUGUUCCUUUAACCUUCCAUGAAGUUAGCUUUCCAAAAAUAUGUAUGUUUGGGGCAAUUAAUCUUAAAUCUUAAUUAUGGAAAACUAUAUUAUUUGAGAUGGUUGGGAACCAUUACUCUAGGCAAUAUACACUGAUCAGCCAACAUUAAAACCACUGACAGGGGAAGUGAAUAACAUGGAUUAUAUUGUUACAUUGGCACCCAAGGAGUGGGAUAUAUUAGUCAGCAAGUGAACAGUCAGUUCUUUAAUUUCAUUUGUUGGAAAUAGGAAAACAGCAAAAAGAUCUUUGACAAGGGUCAAGUAUUGAUGGCUAGGGUCAGAGUAUCUUUAAAACAAGGUCUUAGAACAUACAAUGCAUCACAAUUUGUUGAAUAUAGGGCUGCGUAGCCCAGUUAGUGUCCAGUUAGAGUGCCCAUGACACCUGUCCACCACCGAAAACACCUUCAAUGCAUCAGAACUGGACCAUAGAGCAAUGCAAGAAGGUUGCCUGGUCGAUGACUCAUGUUUUUGUUUAGAUCAGGUUGAUGGUUGGGUGUGUGGGUGUCAUUUACCUGGGCAAUUAAUGGCAGCAGAAUGCACAUGGAAUAGAAGGCAGGCCGUCAGAGGCAGUGAUACACUCUGGGCAAUGUCCUGCUGGGAAACCUUGGGUCCUGGAAUUCAUAUGGAUGUUACUUUGACAUGUACCACCUACCUAGAGAUUGUUACAGACCACAUACACCCCUUCAUGGCAAUGGUGUUCCUUGGUGACAGUGGCCUCUUUCAGCAGCAUAAUACACCCUGCCAUACUACACAAAUUGUUCAGGAUUAGUUUCAGGAAAAGGUUCAAGGUGUUGCCUUUGCUUUCAAUUCCCAUAUCCCAAUCCAAUUGAGCAUCUGUGAGAUGAGGUGGAACAACAAAUCCGAUCAAUGGAGGCUGACUUCGCAACUUGCAGGACUUAAAAUAUCUGCUACUAGUGUCACAGUGUCAGAAAACAAAGUACACGUUCAAAGGUCUUAUGGAGUCCACGCCCUGAUGCAUCAGAGCUGUAUUUGCAGCGCAAGGGGAUCUACACGAUAUUAGGCAGGUGGUUUAAAUGUGGUGGCUGAUCAGUAUAGACACUCACUCACUUACACACUCACUCACUCACUCACUGAGUAAAAUAAAAAUAAAAACAACACAAAGAAGCCAUAAAAAUGAACCUGUAGAAUCAGCGUAUAAACAGAGCGGCAUGUUUGUCCGUAGCUGCCACUCAUCCUCCAGGGACAGUUGUUUGUGCCUGUUCUGGGACAGCUCUAUACCUUUCAACGAAUACUUUUGCAGUAACACAUAUUCGGACCGGUGUAAUGCUUCUUGUUUUGUGAACAUUGUGCUACACUAUUGCCUGUGUUUUAGUACAUUUUAUUUUUAUUUUGUGUAUUUUAAUAAUUUCAAUUUUCUCUAAUAAAAGUGUG